UUGUAUUUACUUUAUUGAAACGGGAUUUGAAUAUAUCGAAUAGAAUUAUGGAAUCUCCUUCUUCAAGUGCAGAAGGAGAAACAGAGUUGAAGCGCGAAGUUACUCGAUUAAAUCGCAUUGCGAAACCACUGCUUCGUGAGCUUUGCAGAAAACAUAAACUUUAUCAAACACCUGCUUUGAAUGAUGUCCUCUAUUUGCAUUAUCAAGGAAUACAGUUCAUUGAAGAAUUGGAGGAAUACACCGAGUUGAAAUGUCUUUGGCUCGAAAAUAAUGCAAUAAGUAAAAUUGAAGGUCUUCAGAAUCAAACAAAACUACGAAGUUUAUUUUUACACUCAAAUCUCAUUAAACAAAUUGAAAAUCUGGAAAAUUGUAAACUUCUAGAUACUCUAAAUCUAACAUCGAAUCAUAUACGAAAAAUUGAAAAUAUUGGCUCAGAAAUAUUACCUGUUCUAAAUACGUUAUAUUUGGCAUCAAAUUACCUACAGGAUGCUGAGUCCUUAAGGGAAUUAGAAAGCUGUCUAUAUCUCUCAGUAUUGGAUUUAAGUGACAAUCGUAUUGAUGAUCUAUUAGCUAUUAAGAUCUUUUCUAAAAUGCCAGCACUGCGGGUUUUAGUGUUGCGCGGCAAUCCCAUUGUAUCCAUGUUACCACAAUAUCGAAAGACAGUAAUUUUGGAAUGUGUAAUAUUUAAAAAAAUUUAA